GUUAAAACACGAUCUUUUUAUACGUACAUUUUUUUUUUCGUCUUGGGGCUUUCGGCUUGCAGAAAAGGAGAGCAUCUGAUGCAUCCGCUCACAUGCCACUUUUGAUCAUACGUUGCCUCCUUGCACAGAGCAGGAUCGUUGGGAAAGAUGGAGAUACCAUAAGUUGCUAGUAGUGAAAAGUGCUGCAGAAAUCCAGAGGUUUCCCUUCUCCAUUGAAGUGACAUAUUUUUCCCUGGGUUAAGUUGAAAGCAGUGCUUGGCGGAGAGUGAUUGUAGCUGAGAGUGGGUUUGUGUUUUGUUGCACCGUUAGGUUUUGCAAAGAGCAGCGAUGAAGAGGAAGCUGGCACGCUUGGAGAUGCAGUUGGUUCUCCUCGUUUUAUUGGUGUGGCUGCCAACAAGAUCAGUCCUGGCUGACUCGCUGGAAGACGAAGCUAAGAAUAACAUCACCAUCUUUACAAGAAUUCUAGACAGACUUCUGGAUGGUUAUGAUAAUCGUCUUAGACCUGGAUUAGGAGACAGUAUUACUGAAGUCUUCACUAACAUCUAUGUGACCAGUUUUGGACCUGUUUCAGACACAGAUAUGGAAUACACAAUAGAUGUUUUCUUCCGUCAGAGAUGGAAGGAUGAGAGAUUAAAAUUUAAGGGCCCAAUGAACAUUCUUCGAUUGAACAACUUAAUGGCCAGCAAAAUCUGGACCCCAGAUACAUUUUUUCACAAUGGGAAGAAGUCGGUGGCUCAUAACAUGACAAUGCCAAACAAGCUUCUACGAAUCCAAGAUGAUGGAACUCUCUUGUACACCAUGAGACUUACAGUCCAAGCUGAAUGUCCAAUGCACUUGGAGGACUUUCCUAUGGAUGCUCAUUCGUGCCCACUGAAAUUUGGCAGCUAUGCAUACACAACUUCAGAAGUGACAUACAUUUGGACUUACAACGCUUCAGAUUCAGUGCAGGUGGCACCAGAUGGUUCAAGAUUGAAUCAGUAUGAUCUUUUAGGCCAAACAAUUGGUAAAGAGACAGUUAAAUCAAGUACAGGUGAAUAUACAGUAAUGACAGCUCAUUUUCACUUGAAGAGAAAAAUUGGUUAUUUUGUCAUUCAGACUUACCUUCCCUGCAUCAUGACUGUCAUUCUCUCUCAAGUGUCAUUUUGGCUGAACAGAGAGUCUGUACCUGCAAGGACAGUCUUUGGAGUAACAACAGUGUUGACAAUGACAACACUGAGCAUCAGUGCUCGAAAUUCACUCCCCAAAGUAGCAUAUGCAACAGCUAUGGAUUGGUUUAUUGCUGUUUGUUAUGCAUUUGUAUUCUCCGCAUUAAUUGAAUUUGCAACUGUAAAUUACUUCACAAAACGAGGAUGGGCCUGGGAUGGAAAAAGUGUAGUGAAUGAUAAGAAAAAAGAAAAAGCAUCUGUCAUUAAGAAAAACAAUGCCUAUGCAGUUGCUGUUGCCAACUAUGCUCCAAAUAUUACCAAGGACUCAGUACUACCAACCAUCUCCAAGAGUGCUACGACUGCAGAACCCAACAAGGCAAAACCAGAAGCGAAGCCACAAGAAGCAAAGAAGACAUUCAACAGUGUUAGCAAAAUUGACAGAAUGUCUAGAAUAGUGUUUCCAGUCUUAUUUGGUACUUUUAACUUAGUGUACUGGGCUACAUAUUUAAACAGGGAACCUGUCUUACUUGGCUUUGCCCCAUCAACCUAAAAUCUGAAUUGCACUGAGGACUUAAAGCAUCAUUCUAAUCAGAAUUGCUGUGUACAGUACGACUAAUAACUGCUAAUCUGUGAACCAUUAUGUACAGUGUGUAUAUAGAUGUCUUACCUGUGUAUCUCCAAAGGAGGGACAUGGUGUUAAUUAAUGGGAUCUGUAAACAGAUAGCACCCAUGGCAAAUAUAGCCACCUCUUUAAAAGUUAUACCCAGGGGAGUUCUGUUAAACUAGGAUUCAGAUAUACAGAAUUAUAUCUUCUCCGUACAAUGAGAUGAAAAUAUGAUCCUACACAAUUAUUUAGGAACAAUAUUUUUUUAAUUUAAAGUUAAAAUAUUUUUCUAUAAAGUAACUAAUUCUACUUUAAUGAAAGAAACUGUCAUUUAAAAAAUGAUUUUUUAAAAAAAGGUGUAAUUAUUUCAUACAAUAGCAGUACCCAUGUACAUAACAGAGUACGAAGGUUGUACAGUUCUAUUGUUCACAACCAUUCUGGAUACUAGUUAGGCUCAAGAAGUAUUACAGGCUACUGUAUGGCAAAAGCCACUAGUUUCUUACUUCUGUCCUGUUUGAAGUUGUUAAUAAACUAUUCCAAUUGGUUUUAGGGAAAAGCAAGUGUUAAUCAAAUUUCUAGUAACAGUCAACUUCCAGUAGUGAAACUCUUUUAUUCUUUUCACUGUUUGCUUUAUUUAGUGUUGCUGAACCAGGUUGUCUGGUUCAGCAAAGUUGGAAUUUUCUGCUUUUUGAUUUUUUCUUAAUUAGAUUAUUGUCAGGUUCAUAAAGACACUCAGAAAUUUUUCAGGGUUAAGUAUAUCAGUAAUAUAAUACACUCUUUUUCCUUGCUUAAUGUUAUCCUACCACCUGCCAUUAAAAGGCUUACCUAUAUUUGUCCCGGAAAGCAUUGUUUUCAAAGGAAACAAGAAUUCAUGAUUUCAGUUCAGGAAGUUGUCCAUAUGAAUAAAAUGUAUCGCUGCUUUUGUACAUUGCAACUUUACAUUUCGCAGACAUAACUUUACAACAACUUUGUAUACUAGAAAUGAUUUUGCUAAGAUUUGAAUGUUAUUUUUUUAACAAAAGUUAAUGCAUCAUCAGUAGGUAUCAAGUAUUUCAUAUACACAAAAAUAAAAUUGGAACUGCCAUUUGCAAUUUUAUAUGAAUAUUUAAUACUGAUCAGUAAAAUUAUUUUUCAUCCGAGCCUUUGCAAAUAUUCUUUAUGCCCCUGAAGGCCUGGUAAAUCAGGACAUAAAUAAUAAUUGUGUACUGUAUCUAGAUUUUAGUAUACUUGGCCAAUCAAGAAUACUUUGAUUCACUUAUACAUUAGCAGUUAUUAGUUGACCUUUAAAAAAAGAUGCACCUUUAUGAUGAUGUCUUCUAGUAGAGACAUAUGUAGUCGUAUAGUGUCAUUUAUUGCAGUUUUGUACAGUACUUGAGUAUAGUGCAUAAAAUAGAUAUGUUCAGAGUUUAAAAAAGUUGUACAAAUAUUUCUAAAAUCAAAUAAAAGAGUAUCUUAAGACAUGGAAAUGUGGUAAAAAACAAAAAGAAACAUUGCUUUUAUUUGCUGUUUUGUUUUCUUGUAUUUUCUUUGCUUUUAAUGUGAUUCUGUUUUGUACUUUGUGUGACAGUAUAGAUGCCAAGGUCACAAAUGCAUUUUAUGAAUAGAAUUAAUAGUUAAGGCAGAUUUGACAUCAGUAAAAUAAAGAUAUUACAUAACUUACAAAUGAAAGACACCUUGGCAAGGUGUGUAUCCCUUGAAGUUCCUCUGAUUAAACCAUCACAUUAAACCUUUCUCAUCAACAGGAGUUAAAAAGUGAGCACUUUACUCAGAACACUAAAAUAAAAAUAUUGUUAUUUUCAUAUAUAUUUAUAUAUAAAUGUAGAUCUUCCAUAUUAUAUGGAGAUGUGUGCAAUAGUGUGAUUAAUUGCAUAAGGUUGGAAGGCAAGCAAUAAAAAAAGGUUUUUCAUGGUAUAAUUAUACACUUUUAAAAUGUUUUAUUUGUAAAUUAUGAAUGAUCCCUUCAAUGUCACACAGUCCAGGUAUGAUUAAAUAUAUAUAAAUAUGUACAUAUGUGCAAAUAAUUGUAAAUAUUAGAACUGUAGAAAAAUCCCUUCACUUUUAAAUCUGUUUUUGGCAAAGGGCUCUGACUGUAUAGCUUAGUGGUGGCCCAUGCUUAUCAGUUCUUGGACUUGAGUAGCUUGAUUCUGUUUUCUGUAGCUUAGGUUUCCUUCCUGUGACCUAGUGGGAGUUCUUACCUUCUGUUCACAUCAGCAAGAUUUAGGGACUCUCCGAACCUCACUGGACUGAGGUUUGAAAGGUAGAGGUUUGCGUUUCACCCUUGGCUACAUCCCAGAUACUCUGAACACCUCACAGUGUUUAAACAAUGUUGUGUAUUGCUCCAUGCAUGACACUGUAUAGUCAGAACUCUCCCCGCUAGAAACAUGAGUGUGCUUAGGAGAGUGUUGGAUUACCUAACAGGGAAGGAUUUUGCAUCCUUAGGCAAAAAUGGGGACCCCUCAGAAGGUUUCUAAUAGUACAAGUCUGUCUUCUCCAUCAAGUCCUGAUCUUUUGUCUGAAAGAUAACGUCUGUGUCAUUUACAGCUGCAUGCAAAUAGUGCAUCUUCAGUUUGCACAAGAAGCCUAGUGCUGUCUCACACUGGUCAGCUUUGCUGCUAGUACUUCUAUUGGGUGCAAUUAUUUUUUUCAUUCACUGACCAGUUUCUCAAGGCUCUCAAGGCUUGUGUUAUGCUUAGAGUCAUUCAGGCAAAAUAAACUGGUGUUUAGUACAUGCUAAAGAUGCAUUUAACACAUAAUAUAGAAAAAUAGACAUACCAUAUAAAUUCACUCAGUAUAAGUUAAUAUAUUUUCAAUAGCCACAUGCAUUUCUUGUGGGCAUCAGCAAGAUUUUUGAGUGCAUAUGUUAUAGAGGAGUUUUACCUUUACAUUUAGUACAGCUCGUCUGUAUUUAAAGCAGACUGCUGUGGUAGUAAGGCAUCUUCUUUUUUGUUUCACUACUGAAACUUUUAUAACAAGAAAAUAACUACACAUAAAUCUGGCAAAUUUCUAAGACAGUGGGAUAGCAAAACUGGAGUGUAUCAACAUUCAGAGUGAACACAAGCAUCAUGCAAGGAAUUCUGAAAUGCCAAGGUUAAGCCUUCUUUCUAUUUAGCAAUACAGUAUCUGUGGCUGGGAUUUUAAAGCUGGUCCCAUAAAUGUAUGUGUUGAACACCUAAAAGUUUCUUUUAACUUGAGUAAGACUUUUUGAUCUUAAAAACAUGGAGAGGGAGAGCAUGAGCGAGCAAGUGCAAGUCAUUUCAGUAUCAAAGACUUGCACAUGGAAUCUACCUGUGAAAUUUUGGUUGACAUGCCAAUCUAAUUUAUUUCUCUCAUUCUGGGUCAGGGUAUCAUAUCAUAUUUUAUGUGACUUAGGAAACAAAUACAAUAAAUACUGUGAUAUAACACUGUGGUAAACUUGGACUGGAAUUGUAAUGCCAAACAAGGCUUUUGAAAUAGGUUUCCAAACUAGUAUGGUAGCAUGUAAUUCUCGAUGCAUGUGGUCAAUAAUUUAAUAGUAAUUUAGCCAGCAUAAAGAAUAUUGAGAUCAGCUAGGUUUAUCAACCACGGUACUGUUCAUUGUUGGAGUCUUCUUAACAGAUUGGUUUUAAAACAGUGACUUCCAAAAUUCUUGAUGACAUAUAUAAUGAAACUAACUUCGCCUUCCAUAUCUGGGUAAAUCAACUGGUACCUGCUGCAUUAUUGAACAUCUUAAAGAAAUUACAAUCUUGUAGAUCAUUCAGAAUGAUUUCAAAGCUUAUGCAAAAUGGUCAUUUCUGCUCUCCUAGAAAUGGUUGGGCUCUGAGUAAUACUGAUCAGACAAGAACUAUCCAGUUUAAGGAAUUAGAUUGGAAGCUAUACAAAAAAUAGAGCAGCAGCCUAUGAGAGAAUAGAAGUAGAGGAGUGGAGUAGAAGACUAAGGAGAGACAGUAAAAACAUGGGGACAGGUGGAUGUUGUGAGAUAGAUGUUUGGCUUGGGAGACUACUCAUAUCACUAAACGUUAUGCUAAGUUUAGGAACUAGUCUGCCUGUUUAGUCACUGGAGAGAGAGCAGGAAAGAGCUACUGUGGAAACUAAUUCAAGCAGGAGCCUCACACAGGUGUUCUGAAUCACCUUCUCCCCCAGUGAUUAUAGGUAACAUAUGGAGUGGUGAGAUUUUUUUUUAAGGUGAUGUUACCUUAAAGUGAAAAGUAAACCAGAAGUAGCUGGGGAAGGAUAAAAUGGGAAGAGAGGGAGGAAAUGGUUGCACUACUGUGCUUGGUGAGUUGUGAGAUGAUUGAUGAAGUCUUUGAAGGAGGUAUUGUGUGUUUUUGUUUGAGGUUCACUUCUGAGCCUUUGUUGCCAUAUAUGAGUUGUGGGAAAGUCACUUUUAGAGCCUGAGAAAUUGGGAGCAUCUCCUGUAUAAUUCUGCCAAACUUGAGGGACCUGAUUUGUGAGUUUGAAGCUAAGAGGGAUGUAGUGACUGCUUUAUGAAAGCCAUGCAAUAUUGUGUGCUUCCUGAGGGGGAGCUUCAGGAAUAAAGUAGGAUUUAGUUAAUUCCAAUUUUUCUCUUCUUUAAGAUGGUGCUUUCACUUAUGCAGAGAGAGUCAGCAUUCAUGCUCCAUACCUCUCACUACCUGUUCUGAAAGCUUAGUGAUACAGAAGUCUUGCUUUGGACUUCUGCAAAAUAAAUCUAUACUGUUUAACCUUUCUGUUCCUAACAGACUUGGGUGAAAGAGAAGUCUGAUACAGCUAUGAAGCUAUGAUUGGUCUAUGUCCCAUUAUGUGUAGACAUAAUGCUAAAAUUCAGAUAAGCAAUGGAAUGAGCUUUACAGCAGAACGUGAAAGGCUUCUAAGAGUGUUACCAGAGAGCCAAGCAAGUUAAAUUCAUUAAAAAAAUGGGUCAGAUAAACAUGUAAGUGUCUAAACAAAUCUAAAUAGAAUCUAAGUGUGCUAUGAUUUGAUGUCUAUAAAAAGUUUUUUCUCUUAAAGGCUUUGUAAAGUUAAAAUAACUAUGUGAAAUUAGAUGAAAGUCAUAUCACACUUCAUCUUCCAAUGAAGUGAGUGAUUCUUUGGAAAGCUGAGUUUUGGGAUUCCCUCUACUCCUUCCUGAAGACGCUUUUUCUUCUUUUUGCAGUAAAACUUUAAGCAUGCUUUUAAGAAAAGGUAAUCAUUUUCUUAAAUUCUUUUCCCUGGCUGAGAAUUCCCUUCAUUUCUGUAGAUAACCCAGACUCCUUAAUAGCUGGAAAUUUUUAAUUCUGCCAUUCUGAAUUCUAGCCUUGUGAGGAUCAGUGAGUGGCUUCAUCACUUUAAGCAUGCAGUAAUAGAAGGCUCAGAAAUUUGUUUGUUUUAAUGAAUGGUAGAUGUGAAGUACAUGAAGAGUUCUUGUUUUACUUUCGUUCAUUUAACAUUCCCCUCCUCCCCACCACUCCUUUUAUAUAAGUUUAGACCUUGAUGCUGAAUGCAAAGCCCUCUGGGUGAAUCCUUGUAUUGUGUUUUGAAGCCUAUGAUUAGGGCUAACUGGAAGAGGCUAAGCUUACACCGAGAUCAGGGCAAAACUUGCACUGAAUUUAAAGGAAAACUGAUGAAGAUCCUAGCGAUAUUCUACAUCACUGAAGUCAAUAAGGCUUUUUCAGAGGGAAAGUGCAACUGAGUCCUGCUUUGGAUAGAGAUGCUACUUCUUUAACCCACGUAAAUAAGCCUUUAAAGGAAGAACCAGUUAUACUGAAGUAUGGGACUUUAUCUCUCUUAUUCCUGGUAUUUCAUGGAGAUGUCUUGUAGGAAUAUUGUGAAAGUGCUGUGGGUUAGGAGUAGGUGUCACACUUGAAAAAAGGAAUUUGGAGGAUGUUUUAAAAUAUGCAAGAUGAUGUAUACUCUUCCUCUAGUGUCUACAUAAACACACACACAUAUUUUUAUUGCUGGAAGAUUUAUUUUAUAAGUUAAACUUUGCUUUCAAAACUUCUUACAUUGUGAGUUCUUCACUUGAUCAAGUGGCCUGGAGUGUGUGUUUAUGCAUUCAAGGUGGUUAAUGAUUGCUCUGAAUGGUUUCAUUUGGCUGACAUUUGAGGAGGUGAGCUUUGAAAAGUUGAAGUGUUGUAUUUGUUUUCCAGUGCUUGAUGCAUCCAUCCCCAACAUCACAGAUAGAUGGAAAUAGAGAAUGGAACAGGGCAUUGCUUUGAUGAACAUCUUUUGAUAAUUCUUGUAGAUGUUCAUUUUGGCUGAAUUUAUCAGUUUGUAGGCUGCUAUACCUCAGCAUUAGCACAGAAUGCAAUGUAGUACUCUGCAUCUAUUUAUUAGAAUACAUAUGUACAAUAUGCACCAUAUCUGUGAACUGUUGAAUAAUCGGUUCCUAAACAUCCCUCUUCACCCUCUCCCCUCCAAAAUAGUCACUUCGUUAAGAAACAUUGGAAGGCACUUUAGUGUAAUCACUUCCAUUUAAUAUUAAGCUUUGUAACAUUUGAUUUUUUUUUUUUUAAAUUUAAUUUUUUUAAGUAAAAAUAACAUGGGGUCUGAAUCAGAUUGCUAACAAUUUCUCAGCUGGACUGGAGUCAGAAAGCAUUUUACUUUAGUGUGUUGCUCAGGUGUGAAGAUGUACGGGAGUUUGAAAAUAGGUGCUUACAGUGUAUUAACAAGAAAUAAGGGAGUAAGAAGAGUGGAAUCAAUAGAUUUAAAGAAAACUAAACACAAUCAAAUAUGCACAUGCACAGUAAGAAACUGCAUGAUAAAUGUAAGUAUACUUAACCUUGAACAUCAGUGUCAUAAAAUCUUCUGGGUGACAGUUCACUUAUUUAGUAGGUUUCAUAGCUAUUAACAAUUAAAGGGGAUGAUAAUAUUCUGUAAUUUGUGAUCUUGUUUUAACUGGGGAAAAAAAGUUGUUACUUUUCUAAAAUGUAAAAAAUAACUGGACUUAUGUUUGAAUGUGUCACUUUGCUUGCUGUUGAAGAAUAUUUAUUAACCACAUGCAAAAUAUUGCUUAACAUUAUCUUUUUGUACUUCUUAUUAAAGUUAAUUUAAAUAUA